AUGUUUGGACCGGCAAAGGGUGGCUAUUUUGGAGUCCACCCGCCGGCUUCUUACCCCGGCGGCGUCUGCCAACCUGCUGCCGGGACCAAAGCUGGCCCCACGGGUGUCUGGUCUGUGGGCGGCCGGACCGACACGAUGUGGAGGCUCCGCUGCAAGGCCAAGGAUGGCACCCAUGUUUUGCAGGGGUUGUCCAGCCGGACCCGGAUGCGGGAACUCCAGGGCCAAAUUGCCGCCAUCACCGGGAUCGCCCCCGGCUGUCAGCGAAUCCUCGUAGGAUACCCGCCCGAGUGCCUGGACCUCAGCAACGGGGAUACCAUUCUGGAGGAUUUGCCCAUUCAGUCAGGCGACAUGCUGAUUGUUGAAGAAGACCAAACCAGGCCCAAAAUGUCACCUGCAUUUACAAAACAUGGUGCUCCUAGUUACAUAAGGGAAACUUUGCCUGUGCUUACCAGAGCGGUGGUCCCAGCAGACAACUCUUGCCUCUUUACCAGUGUGUACUAUGUUGUUGAAGGAGGAGUCUUGAAUCCAGCUUGUGCCCCUGAGAUGAGACAUCUCAUAGCACAAAUUGUAGCAAGCAAUCCAGACUUCUAUAGCAAGGCAAUACUGGGAAAAACAAAUCAAGAGUACUGUGACUGGAUCAAAAGGGAUGAUACUUGGGGUGGAGCUAUUGAGAUAUCCAUUUUGUCUAAGUUUUAUCAAUGCGAAAUAUGUGUGGUGGAUACACAGACAGUACGAAUUGAUCGUUUUGGGGAAGAUGCAGGAUAUACCAAAAGGGUCCUGCUUAUUUAUGAUGGCAUCCACUAUGAUCCGCUUCAGCGUGUCUUCCCCAACCCAGACACCCCUCCUCUGACCAUUUUCUCCUCUAAUGAUGAUAUUGUUCUUGUGCAAGCACUGGAAUUAGCAGAUGAAGCUAGAAGCAAGAGACAAUUUACUGAUGUAAACCGCUUCACCCUGAGAUGCAUGGUAUGUCAGAAGGGAUUAACUGGACACGCAGAAGCAAGGGACCAUGCCAAGGAGACAGGCCAUACCAACUUCGGAGAAGUGUGAUCCAUGCAUAAUGAGGAUUGACGCCUACUACCUCACAGAUCCAGAAGGUUCUGGGUUUUCCAAUAAGCUAUUCGUAACCCUAAAGAACAAAAGGACACAAUGCUUGAACCAUCCUUUUAACCUAAAGCCACUAAGACACUGAAUUCCUUGUUAAAAUUAGUGUGCAAGUUUACAGAUGUGUGUCUACAGUGGUGAUACAUGCCCUCUCUCUGCUGGGGUGACAGAAUAUAGGUGGUCCUUGCUACCUACUGACACUAACCUGAAGAUUGACUUUUAGUAUUAUAAACUAGCACCCAGCAGCAUUAACUUGUAGAAGAAAACAACUUCAUAUUUUGGGUAAUGCGAAAGGCCUCAGGUGAGGCCACUGGGGACAUAAACCACAGUGUCUCCGGUAAUUGAGUUCUUUUAAGAACUGAGUUAAUAGUUUCUAAAUUAUGAAUUGAUUCCUCAAGUGAAGAUACUCAGAAUUGUCAAAACUGAUUCAUAUUGCAACUUGGUAGACUUUAUAAAUGUGUACUUCACCAGUUAAAAGUACAUAAGAAGCAAUUUUUACAGGGUUGAGUCUACUCCUUGAGAAUGUUACCUAACAACGAGAACUGAUAGUGCCCAGUUAAGGAUUUCUUGUGUUAUAAAAGUAGAAUGUAUUAGAGAGGAGGUGCCUGAGCAGAUUACUGAAGCUUUAAAAGACCGUUGGCCUCAUGUUUUGUUUUGUGUUUUUUUUUUGUGAUACGAGGGCCUCUCACUGCUGUGGCCUCUCCCGUUGCGGAGCACAGGCUCCGGACGCGCAGGCUCAGCAGCCAUGGCUCACGGGCCCAGCCGCUCCGCGGCAUGUGGCAUCUUCCCGGACCGGAGCACGAACCCGUGUCCCUUGCAUCGGCAGGCGGACUCUCAACCACUGCGCCACCAGGGAAGCCCGGCCUCGUGUUUUAAUGCAACUCAUUUAUUCAUCUUUGUCGCAUUGGAUAAAACUUUAAAAUUAAGCAGGAUAUUUUUUUUAAUUGUAGUUCCUUGAAAUUUGAAUGCUCUAUUUUUGCCUUUCUACCUAAGAUUUUCCUGGAGGGAUUUGAUUUCCUCAGCCUUUUGUUAAGAGCACUUCCUCCAACUCCUAAAAAAACUUUUCAUCUAAAAUUAUAACGUGCUUUGGUUUGGUUUUUGUGAGAUCUUUGGCUACCUAAACAGAAUUUGUUUUCAUGCUAGCCUUAUCCCACCACUAAUGCUCUUUUAAAUGAUUUCAUGUGUCUGAAAAUUAGCACUUUUAUCCACCAUCUUUUACCUUGACUUUUGCAUAGUUUUAAAGUAAUCGGGAUAAUAAUAUUGAAUGAAUUUGUUUCACUUACAAAAUAUGACAGUUUUUAAAUCUUUGCCUUAUUCAGCCUUCUCAGAAUUCUGCUUCUUACUGAUAUUAGAUGUGUAGCCAUUUGCUUGGUGGGCUAAUCCACAAGGCACACCCUCUAAAACUUAGCUUCACUAUGAGAUCUUCCAGAUAAAAGUUUUCUACCUCUUUUCUUAAUUCUUCUGAUGAUCAGGGAUGCUAAAUUAUAAUUUGUUAUGCAUUAUCUUACAUAAUGUGAAGAGACCUGAUGUUGUAAAGUUUUAUUAUCUUGGUCUCAUUUUUGAUUAAGUAUCUCACUUAGAAAACCAAUGGUAUGGGAAUUCCCUGGCGGUCCAGUGGUUAGGACUCCGUGCUUUCAUUACCAAGGGCACGAGUUCAAUCCUUGGUUGGGGAACUAAGGUCCCACAAGCCGCGUGGCGUGGCCAAAAAAAAAAACCCAAUGGUAUACUUUAAAGCACAUGUAUAUUUUAGCAUAUCUUCUUGGCAAAUGUUUCAAAAUUGAGAUUUACUUUUAGCACUUUCACUUGGUAGAGAUAGCCAUAUAAAAUUAAGGAAUAUGUAAACAAUUUAGGAGAAAUGUACCUUUAAGGAACAAUUCACAAAAUAUGCUUGAAAUCAUUAGAUGACAUUUCUUGAGUACCUUUUGUGUGAAUAGGUCUUUUAGGCAUUAUAAGUUAUUGUGGUCACUAUAGCUCAAAAGUGUUUAAUUUUCUAUUUAACUAAGCCUUAAAAAUAGCACUUGUGAGUUUGUGAAACUUAAUGUUUGGCGAUCAUAAUGUGUACAAGUGAAUAUGAUUGAAUAUCUCUUUGUACCUGUCAUCAGGUCUAAAAGGAUUUUGUAUCUUAUUUCCCCCAGAAAAUAUUAAAUUUAAAGCUGUAGGUUAAGAGUAUACCACUGGGUAUCACCCAUCAAAUUGAGCUUUAUGCAUCAUUAUUCAUAAACCUUGCCGUCCUUUCUUAAGUGUUUCAGGGGCCAAACUUGAUACUUGCUUACUGGAAUUUUAGAGAAGUCUAUUCAUGCAACAGAUAUUUAUUGAGUAAUUUAUAAUGUCAGGUAUAUAUUGAUGCUUCCCAGCAUAAAUUUCUGUUGCUUUAAAAUUGAGUAUCCUUUAUCUAUCAAUACAUUUGAUUUUUUUUUAAUUUUGUAUUGAAGUAUAGUUAAUUUACAAUGUUGUGUUAGUUUCAGGGGUACAGCAAAGUGAGAUAUAUAUAUAUAUAUAUAUAUAAUUUUUCAGUCAAUACAUUUGAUUUUAAUUUAACAAAUUUCCAAUUUAACAAAUGGAAAGAAAUAGAACCUGAUAUUUUAUAAAAUGAAACCUGUUAUUUUAAGUGGCUUUGUUUGCAUAUUUAAGCUUAUGCUUUUAUAACAAGUCAAAUAUUUAUUCAGGGGCUCUUAGUUUAUUCUGUUUUACCUGUUAAUUAGGUUGUGCAUUCUUCAGUUGGACACUGAUAGAUCGCUCUCAAUAAUGACUUUUUAAAUUAAUCAGCUGCUGAAAUUCAGCACUAGGACUUUUAAGUAAUGUUCUGUUCAUGGGGAAUUCAAGAUGAAGCACUAUUUGCAGAUCAUUUAAUUAUUGAGGAUUUAAAAACCUAAACUUGUGCUAAUUCUGAACUCAAGCUUGUAAGCCUCACAGAACUUAGAUGUUUUUAAUUGUACUUCUUAUACUCUUGAAAUUAGUUUAUUAAUGUCUGUAAAUUCUAAUCUUGAGAAUUUUGAAAUCUUGCAACAGGAUUAAAAGAAACUUUUUCUUAAAUUUGCUGUUGAGUAGAGUGAAACCCCUCUUCCUAUUCAUUCAGUUUUUGACUGCCAUACAAGAUUUUUUUUUUUUUAAUUAAAACGAGUAUAGUUUACAUUGGUAGCAGAAUGAAUGAAGAUUGUGCUUUCCCAUCCCCCACUCCUCCUUUCCCUUAUUCUUCUUUUUCUUACUCUUCUUUGGAUUUAAAGAUUAGAUGUAGGGCAAUGAAUGUACUUCUAGAUAGAGAGUGAUUUCAGAAGUUAAUAUCUCUGGGAAUUUUGUGAUGUGAUAGCCAUGUGAAGACAUCAGUAUGGUACAUCUUCUGUUAGUGGUUCAUGGUUGAUUUCUUAAUUGUUUCCCGUGAAUGGAUAAUGGGCACAGUCAAGUGAUACCCUUGAAAGGUUUGGGGGCUGGUCAGCUUGAGGCUGUUGGCAAAAACUAAUAUAGUCAUACCACUUGAUUAUUCCAUGAAGUUCAAGUCCCAGCAAAAUCAUAAUCAGGAAUGAAUUAACAUAUUAUUUAGCUGUACAUGCCCAUAAAUGCGCCUAACUUGCUUGUCUAGCUUAUUCUUUCUAUCUUGUGUAGGCAUUAAAACAUGAAUGUUGCAAGUUGCCCUAACUGAACAUAGUUUUCUAUGUCUUUUUUGAAAAAAUUGAAUAGGGAGUUUAGAAGAUUAGCAGCAGAGGGAUUUUUUUUUCUUUAUGUGUCAGGUGGCCUUCCUAAACUUCCAUAUAUUAAGAUUUUUAUGUUCUUUCAUGUAUUGAGAACACACAUUUGUUAUUAUUUGCAGCACUUUAAAAAUAUGAAAUAAAAGUUUACAUGUUAGCCCUCUCCGGGGACCUUGUCAAAGACAUUAAAAUAUAAUUCUGGAACUGCCAACUAUCAGUUCUUCUUAAUCAGCAGUUACCAUCAGUGAAUAGUGUAUCCAAUGGUACAACAUUCUGGUGUUUUGGUAACAGCAGAACUCCAUUUCAGUAACUAUUAGCAGCAUGCUCUGUGCCCUAGCAUUCAAAGUGUUACUUUUUUCUAUAAUGUGAUUGUUCUUUAUUCAUUGUACAAUGCAGUAUUCAUAUUUGUCCUUGUAGCACAAAGAUGACUACUACAACUUUGAAAAGAUUAGAUUCUUAAAACCCUUCAUUUGUUUCUAAGCAAAACGAUUUUGAGCUGAUUUUUGAGUCAAAGGCCUUAAAAGCAUCAUGUGUAAGCAACAUCAUUAAGUCUAAAGUGAAACACUUGAUUUGAAUAAGCUAGUUUAUUAACUAAAGAUGUUUUCUUACUAAGAGUUAUGGUAUUUCAGCACAUUUCAUCCAACUUAAAAGAUUAUAAAACUUCCCUAAUUGUGGAAAAGGGUUUGUUUGUUUUUUUUUCCUUCUCCAGAAAUUAGUUGGCAUUUUGUUUACAGUGCUUUGAGUAUUUGACUUAGAAGAAAUUAUUAUUAUUGCUUUAGGUCUUGGUUGAUAGAAUUUAGAGGAGAUUGGUAACCCUGCCGUGCUGUUUCAGAGUAAAGGGAGAAAGGGGCAAGAAGAUAAAGUGCCACAUAAACAGAAGAGAUCCUCAAAUGAAUGCAUUCCUAGUCUUGAAUUAUGCUUUUCAGAAAAUUUUUCAAGCAAUGCCUUUGCAUCACCUUAACCCUUCUCCCCCAUUUCUUGGCAUAGAAUGUAGCAAGGCCGUAAUGGAAAGGCUUGUCAGUACAGUAUAAAACCAUGACUACAAGGAUUUUGCUAUAAUGCUUUUUUUUUUUUUUUUUUCUUUGCGGUACGCGGGCCUCUCACUGUUGUGGCCUCUCCCAUUGCGGAGCACAGGCUCCAGACGUGCAGGCUCAGCGGCCAUGGCUCAUGGGCCCAGCUGCUCCAUGGCAUGUGGGAUCUUCCCAGACCGGGGCACAAACCCGUGUCCCCUGCAUCAGCAGGCGGACUCUCAUCCACUGCGUCAGCAGGGAAGCCCUAUAAUGCUUUUUUAUACUUGCUUUUAAAAAUACAAAUCUAUGUCUAAGAGUUUAGGGAUAGUGAAGAUAUGAUUUAGUUAUGUUGUAGGCAAACAGGUUAACCUAAGAAAGGUUUACAAUUCCUACUAAGAUUACAUGAGCGUGACUCUAUACUGGUAUAGGAUAUGUAGUUAGUUGUAGCCUGUAAGUUACUUAAAAGGACCAGGGCACCUAAUUCUUGUCAGUUUUCCAGUUCACCUUGGUGCCAUUCAUCACAUAAGCUGUUUACAGGAAAUAUAAUUUCCUUAGCAAAGAGUAACUUUUUUUCCUUUAAAAAAGUAUUAAGUUUAAAAUACAGAAUAAGUACAUAUAGUCUGUCAAAAGGAAUAGAGAAUGACAAUAGUCCUGUAUUUCCUGUAUUAAUGCAGUAGAGGUUGAAAUUCCUGAAGCAAGAAGAAACCCAUAAAACUGUCAAAUUUAGAGCUUUAAAAUAUGACUUGAAAAGUAUAGGGAAGGACAAACAACAAAGUUCUGUUUCACUUGGCAUAAGAAAAUAUUUUUUCUUAAUGAAGAUGGACAGUGCUUUCUUGUUUUAAAAAUAUUUUGUCUAUUUGCCAGCAUCUUUUCAAAGUUAACGCACUGCUGCUACUUGGGAGACGUCUACUUUCAUUUUGUACAACUCUUAUGUGAUUUUGCCAUUGUCAUUAAGAUGCAUUGAUUUUAUGAGGUGUAUAAUUUUAAAUACAUAAAUAUUGUAUGAAUUGACUUGUUUUGAAGGAAUA